CAGCCAAGAAAAUCUUUGCUACUAAAAGUUUCUGCUCAUCAUGUGCCCAGUCCAUUCCCAUCACUUCCUGUACUGCCUGAGGGUUUUCUUUUAUCCCCAUGCUGAUGUUCCCCAGUUAGUUUUCAAAGUGACCAUGGAUGAAACAAGCAAGCUCUAUCACCUCUGCAGAUGAAGAUGGCGGUGAAUAAAGCGAUGGAAUGGGCAGAAGGGCUGAGGCUCCAGCCAUAUCUAUAGGACAAGUCAUCAUCUUUUAAAGGAAAAUCCAGACCCCACCUCUUGCUGUAUUCACUGAACUACAUGUGGGGCCACGCAGACAGGGAGCAUUUCCUCCCAAAUCGGAGGCUGUCUGGUACAAGUUUCCUUCCAGCUACUAUAGCCUUUGCAAAGCAAUGGAGGACACUGAAACAGCAAUCCUAGAGAAUACACACGGCGCAUGAAAACCAUUCCCUUUUGGAUUUGUGAUGUCUGGGUUCUGUUGGCAAUGGGCACAUUCAGGAAAAUGGCACUGAAAAGAAUUUGUCUUCUAGCCUUCUUCUGGCGCCUGACAGAAGCAAUUCUGGAUAUAACCGUGAUUGCCAAUGUCCUGAGCCCCUCGCACAUCAGCUUCUACCUCUCCUGUGUGACAAGUGAGCGGAACAUGACUCUCCUUCUUGAAAGAGACAAUAGAAUUGUCAUGACCCCACCGAAGUCCAAGUUCCAGAUCUAUAAGAACAGCAGCAAUGAGAUCCAGAUGCGUGGCUUCUCUCGGGCAGACCUAGUGGGCAUCACAUAUUGCUUGGGACAGACCCAGACAGAACAAACAAGGAUAGUGUAUGUACAUAACAACAUAAACGCCAACCUGGUCCCAGAAAAGGCAACACAGACAGUCAGCCUCUUUCAGUCAGCUGAGCUUGUUGCCAAGAUAAAGCAUGAAAAGAACACAGAUAUUUUGUGGAAAAGGAAUGGCUCCUUCUAUCAGACCACAGACAAGGGUGAGGUGAAGGGGAAUCGAUUCACUCUAUCCCUACCAUCUGUGAGAGUAGCUGAUGGUGGGAUUUACAGUGCCUCAUUCAUGGGGGACAGCCCCUUAUCAAGUGCUUCCUUCAGGCUAAUUGUGCGAGGUUGUGCGGAGAAGAAAUGGGGUGUCCUUUGUGACAAGGACUGUUCUGACUGCCUGAACGGAGGCAUAUGCCACCACAUUGUGGGAGAGUGCAUCUGCCCACCAGGUUUCAUGGGUACCCGCUGCGAAAAAGCUUGUAGGGAAGGCAGGUUUGGGCGGAACUGCCAAGAACAGUGUCCAGGUGAGCAGGGCUGCAGGGGGCUGGCCUUCUGCCUGCCUGACCCAUAUGGCUGUUCCUGUGCUGCUGGAUGGAGUGGCCCCCAGUGUGGUUCAGCUUGUAACCAUAGAACGUUUGGCCCUGACUGUGCCCUGGAGUGUCACUGCCAAAAUGGAGGCACUUGUAACCGGUUCAGUGGGUGUAUUUGCCCAUCUGGUUGGCAUGGACAGCGUUGUGAGAAAUCAGACCGGAUCCCCCAGAUUAUCAACUUGGUCUCACACCUGGAGUUUAAUCAAGGCUCUCAGCCUGUAGUUAGCUGUGUGGCAACAGGCAACCCACUCCCUGUGCGUGACAGCAUUGAACUGCGCAAGGCUGAUGGAACAGUGCUCACGCCUAUCAAAGCUAUAAUGGAAAAGGACAUGACAACCUGUGAAUUUCGGGUGCCACCACUUGUCCUCUCUGAUACUAAUUUCUGGGAAUGUCGUGUCUCUACCACUGGUGGGCAGGAUAGUGGCAAGUUCAAAGUCACUGUAAAAGUGCCUCCUGUCCCACUCAUCCCUCCCAGACUUCUAGCCAAGCAGAGUCGGCAGCUUGUGAUAUCUCCUGUGGAACAUUUCUUGGGUGAUGGACCUAUCAUCUCUAUCAAGGUUCUUUACAGGUCAAAUGAUGACACAUCUCACUGGUCAUCUAUUGUAGUUGACAAUAUCCAGAAUAUCACCCUGAUGAAUCUCCGACCUGUCACCGCCUAUCUUGUUAAGGUUCAGCUAACACGCCCUGGAGACAGAGGAGAAGGUGUCAUGGGGCCUCAGGCUAUCAUGGUAACAGAAUGCCAAGAGCCAACUGCCAAACCUGUGAUUGAAAGUUCUUUUGUUGAAGGAAGAAAUACACUUUAUGUCAAUUGGAAUUUACCCAAUAGUGAUGAUGUGGCCACCGGGUUUCUGGUCCGGCUAUAUGACUCUGCUAAGGUGCUCAUACAUCAGGAAAACAUCUCAUCCAUCAUUGUACAAUCUGCCAGGAUUCCAAACUUGAAGUUCAACAAGGACUACAGUCUGGAGGUGUUAGUCUAUCACUGUACCGGACUAGGACCUCCUUCUGAUUUGUACAAGGUCAAGAUCAAUAGCAAAGGUCCCUCAUCCCCACGGUCUCUCUCAAUGGAGUCCCUCGCUGACAGCACCAUCAAGCUCACCUGGCAGCCCCCUGAGUACCCCAAUGGUGGCAUCAUCAUGUACACAGUGGAGGUGCAAAAGCUGGGAGGUAACAAUGAGCCUCAGUGGGUGGACACAGACAACGGCUGGGAGACUACAAAGAUCAUCACAAGGCUCAACACCAGCACAUCCUACCAAUUCCGUGUGCGAGCCAAUUCUCAUGUGCCAGGCGAGUGGAGCAAGCCUGUGAGAGCUGCAAUUCUAGAUGACGGAGCCCUGAGCCAAGUGCCCGCUCUGAAGAGCAAGAACUUGUCCCCAUCCAACCUAGAACAGCAGUUACUGUUAGCCAUUGUGGGUUCUGUCUCUGUCACCUGCCUGACAAUACUGUUUGCCCUCCUUGCCCUUUUCCUCAUCAAGAAGAACUUCUUCCACCGGCGUCGCACUUUCACCUAUCAGUCAGGAUCUGGGGAAGAGACCAUUCUGCAGUUCAACUCAGGCACAUUGACCCUGACUCGCCGGCCAAAACCGCAGCCUGAGCCACUCAGCUAUCCUAUUCUGGAAUGGGAAGACAUCAAAUUUGAGGACAUGAUAGGGGAAGGGAACUUUGGGCAAGUCAUCCGGGCCAUGAUCAAGAAAGACGGCCUCCGAAUGAAUGCAGCCAUCAAGAUGCUGAAGGAAUUUGCCUCUGAGAAUGACCACCGGGACUUUGCUGGAGAACUAGAGGUCCUUUGCAAGCUGGGCAACCAUCCCAAUAUAAUAAAUUUGCUGGGGGCUUGUGAGAAUAAAGGUUACCUAUAUAUUGCUAUAGAAUAUGCACCCUAUGGGAACUUGCUGGAUUUUCUCCGCAAGAGUCGAGUCUUAGAGACAGAUCCUGCUUUUGCCAGGGAACACGGAACAGCAUCAACCCUCACAUCCCAGCAGCUCUUGCAGUUUGCAUCUGAUGUGGCCAAAGGCAUGCAGUAUUUGAGUGAGAAACAGUUCAUUCACAGAGACUUGGCUGCCAGGAACAUCCUUGUGGGAGAGAAUCUGACCUCCAAGAUUGCUGACUUCGGCUUGUCCCGGGGGGAGGAGGUCUAUGUAAAGAAGACAAUGGGCCGCUUGCCAGUUCGCUGGAUGGCCAUUGAGUCCUUGAAUUACAGUGUAUACACAACCAAGAGUGACGUGUGGUCAUUUGGGGUCCUCUUGUGGGAAAUUGUCAGUCUGGGAGGGACACCAUACUGUGGCAUGACAUGUGCUGAGCUCUAUGAGAAGCUGCCCCAAGGAUACCGUAUGGAAAAGCCCCUCAACUGUGAUGACGAAGUGUAUGAGCUAAUGCGCCAGUGCUGGCGGGACCGGCCCUAUGAACGCCCACCUUUCUCCCAGAUCUCAGUGCAGCUCAUUCGUAUGCUGGAAGCCAGGAAGGCCUACGUAAACAUGGCUUUGUUUGAGAAUUUCACCUAUGCAGGGAUUGAUGCAACGGCUGAGGAGGCUUGAAGGACUCAAGCACCAACUCCCCACUUGGAGCAUAAACAGGAUACAUAUGGAAGAGGAACCUGCUGCAGACAAUCCCCAAGACAUGCCACACAGUUUAUGCUGGACACAGAGCAAAGAGAGACCUGGCUAGUUUAGGCGCUCCUGCAUGGACUCAGCCCUCUUGCCAGUUUCUCUACAAGAGCACGGACAGCCCACAUCACAAAUAAUGCCAGGGCCCUCUUCAAUUAAGAUGGUGCACAGACUUUUAAAAAAUGGCACCUGGGACUGAUUUUAUUCUACUUUUCUUCCAAGGAACUCUGAGUGGUGUGCACUGUUUAUCCUUUUCCCCAUUGUAUAGUCCAGGGGUAGGGAACCUGCGGCUCUCCAGAUGUUCAGGAACUACAAUUCCCAUCAGCCUCUGUCAGCAUGGCCAAUUGGGAAAUAUAGAAUAUAGUAUAGAAUAUAGAAUAUAGUAUAGUCAAAGCAAGUCCAUGGGGUAACUUUGUUUUGAGAGUUAGUAACUAGUUCAAAGUCACCCAGCCAUCAGCAGGCAAGUCACUCUAUUGAAUGAGGAUUUGAACCCAGGUCUCUCCAGUCCUCAUUUCCCACUGCUUUACUUUUUUUUUUGAGAUUGUUUUCCACAGCCUUCUGUUUCUCUUUAAACAGGUACCAUGCACAAUCUGGCCAAGCACAUCCUCCAUAACAUUAUAAACUGUCACACCCUUGAUUAAUUCGAGGAGCGAUUUCUCCUUCUCCACUUGUCCUUCAUUUUUGCCUCCUUUUUCAGAGCUUCCCCCUUCUGCAAGUUUCUCUGGGUUGGUCAAUGCGGUUAAAUCUGUAAGUAAAUCUGGGGCUAAGGUAUUUGUAGAAAAGAAGAAUUAUGCUAGAACAUCCAUGCACAAAGAAAAUCCAUGUGUUGCCAAAAAGCAGGUGCAUUUGCACAAACAGGGUAAGGUGUUUUAUUCCCAAACAGGCAGAACUGACUUGGUGCAGCCCCGUGUCCUGAGAUCAGUGGCUGGCUGGAAACAGCAAGUUUCUACUCACUGUGGAAUAAUGCUGACAGGCAGCAGUGUUCAGUGAAACAGAAAGGAGAGACUUGGCGGAAACUAAACUAAACAAGCGUAAAAGGGAUGCUUGGAACAUCCUCUGGAAAUCUGGGGAGAGAAUUAUGAUAUUCUGUGCAAGUGAGAAGACUACAGUGGGGACAUUCUUGCCCUAGGACCAUUUGACCUUCUGCAACAAGAUCUUGCUAGCUACAGUGUGACUGGCUUUGUCCUUGAAUCCGGAAACUGUUGUGAUGGGGAGGGAGUCGGAGGAGAAUCUAUUCCACAGAGCACAUGUCGAAGUGAGAGGUGCAAAGCGGACAGCAUAUAACAGUCAAUGCCUCCCACCAUUCUAUGCUGUCUCUGCCUCCAAUUUAUACUUAAUAAAGGGUGUGUAAAGAAUUUGCCAGUGGACAUUGUUCAGUGCAGUAAUGACAGGUUGGCUGGCUGCUGGCACUGCUAAGGAGUCAGUGUUGUCUUUUGCACUUUAGGGCAUGCUGGCCCUGUUCUUGGCUGCAGCUGUUUCAGAGCGGAAAAACAGGCAUCCCAAACUGGAAAAGACUUAUAUUAUCACGGCAAGAUAUGUAAGCAACUACCCUACUAUGUUCACUAUUGUCUAGCAUGCAUUUAGACCAAACUAUUGCCAGAGCUAUACAAAGACUCAAAAAUGUGGCUGUUUCCUAUUAGAUGAUGUUCAAUUUCCAGUCUACAAAUGCUGCCUCUGUAACUAGCAAAAGAUAAGGGAUCCCUGAGCUUUUCCCACUAGGAAAAGCCUCAGUCCUGCAGAGUGAACUAUAAAGGCCUAUGUCUAUUAGAAUUCACUUUUUUUGCUUUCCUUUUCAGUCUUUUUAAAAUAAUUGCUUUGGGUUUAUUAAAUCUAUUUUACUUCC